AUGCCGUCCUUCUUCGUCCCAGGCCACCAUGGCCUGCCUACGCCUCCCCAUGUCAACGGUGGUCGUAUGGAAGACCCAUCAUUCUACCCGGUUGGCCAUGCAGGAUUCCCUCCUCGCUACCACCAAAGCGGCAACGAGUUCAUCGAACAGUACUCGCAGUCUCUGUGUUACGGCAAACCCACUUCGAUGAAUCUCCACCCCCAGUCCGCUCAUCCGAUGAACACUGCUCGCGAUCAUCACCACAUGAUGAACCAGCAGCCUAUGUUCAACCCCAUGGUUGGCGCCGGAUUGCCCUCAAUCCGCAACGUCCAACUUCCGCCCAUGGAUGCUACGAUUCCGCCUCAAUACCGUCGACAGGAAGCCGCCCCAAUGCAACAGCAGCUCGAACAACCCCGCAAGGAGGAGAAGGCAACUGGAGGUGUUGCAGCUCACCUGGAUUAUGAGAUGGAUCGCAUGUCCGACUUUGUGGCAGAGAUGGCUCAGGGAAUCAUCUACCCAGGAUCUUCGGUUCCCCCCCCAGUUUCGGAAAUACGUCUUUCAGAUUUUGUCCUCGACACGCCUCCCAAGUUCUACCAUUCUGCUCGUAGCCAGGUCUAUCGCAUGUUGACUGUGGCUCUUCUGUUGGGAAGCAAGUUCCUUGAUGACAAUACCUUCCAGAACAAAUCCUGGGCUGAGGUUAGCAACAUCCCCGUUGCUGAGUUGAACCACAUGGAAUUGGAAUGGCUGUUCGCGUUCGACUGGAAGAUCCACGACCGCAUCUACGACAAGCAGGAUGGUUUCGCCUCGUGGCGCGCGCACUGGGAUACCUGGCGGACCAAGGCAACAGCCCGGGCUCAGGAGUCUCGCCAGACUCUGGCGCCUCUCGAGACCAACGUGAUCCGCGGCCAGGCUGUUACCAAACCCCUUAUGUCCCCCGAGGGCCCCAUCCCGCCGCAGUACCAGCGCAGCUCGCAAAUUGAGAACUCCUGGCUCAACCCGACCGCGUCCGAAUACUCGCCUCCCUCUACCCUUUCCAGUGGCCCCACUACCCCGACUACUACUCGGUUGGCCCUUGGGGUUACGCCAACCCGCCUCCGCCUCCGCCCUACUCGCGAGGCUGGAACGCGCCCUCGCAGUACAUGGUUCAUCCCGCACCUCGAUCCCAGCCCCCAUCCUACCACCACACUCCGGCGUAUGGCUUGCCGUUCGCUCAGAGUCUCUGGACGGGUCAUGGUUCGUCCUGCGGCUGCACCUACUGUGCCAAGCAUCUCGAGCACUAUAUGUGCAACAGUGCAUUCCCCUCCAUGCACCAGCCAAUGA